GAUACAACAACGACUGACAUUAACCAGAUAGCGAAAACACUCCCUCAAACCCACUUCCCACGCCUGUUGCUUAAAUACCCGCCAAGAUGUCCAACGUCGAUCGUGUCGCAUAUAUGGAUAACAUUCGGACGAAUCAGAUAACAGAGCAGAUUGUUCGGGAGAAGAACAUGCAGCGUAAGUACUUCCAGGAGCAGGAGGCAGCGGGCCGAAUCGUGCCCAAAGCCCCCACGCCGGCGGAGCCGGCCAAGUCCCUCCUAGAAACCGUGGGCCUCCCAAGCCACGUCCAAACAAUACGCCAAGACCCUGAGCAGUCACUGAGCCUUAGCAUCAGCAAGCACAUGUGGACGGCGAACCCGGGCUACAUCGUGCGUGACGGGCCCAAGACGGCGUCAGUCAUGAAGAAAGACUACGUGUGGGACGAGGAGGAGAUCGCGCUGAUGAAGGAGCAGGGCAUGCUAGACAAGAAAUUCAACCGGCGGCGGGAUGAGUUCGUAGACUACUGCGAGGCCAGCGCGCGCAUGAGCCACCUCACCAAGGGGCCCAUGGCCACCAAGUAAUGGGCCGCUGCUGGCCGCUGGUGGUGCUGCGGAGGAGGACCGCUUGUGUUGGCAGCAGCGGCCGCGGCUUUGAAGAAGGAGGGCCACUGUGGAGUGCCGGGUCGGUUCCGGUGUGGGGGUGCUGGAGCUACUGGGGUGGAGGUGCUGUGGCUGCGGCAGUGGGCAGCAGUGGGCGUGUAAAGGAGUGGCUGGCGGCCGGCACAAAUGGGCCGAGCGGAGCGCAUGAGGCGGUGGACUUGAUUGCGGCUGUGGUGCCGCGGCGGCCGCAGCGGCGGCGGCACACUCCAGUGUAAAGUACUAUGACUAUAGAUAGCAUACGGUGGGCACAUCAGGUAGGCAUACUAGGUAGGCGAGGCUGUUGUUUACAGCUGUUUCGCUCUGGGUUGCUUCGAUGCUCGGAUGCGGGGGCGGGGUUGUAUGUGACGGGCAAGCAGAGGGUAGGCUAGGCCAUGGCGCGUACGUGCGAGUGACUGGUGCGUGUGGCGUGCGACUUAGAGUUACACGACUGCUGCCAACGCUGCCUUCAAAUGGUAAGGCGGUGAUAACUACACCACGGCAAGUGCGUCGAAUUGAUGAAGUUGGCAAGCAGGAAUGGGGUCGGAGGAUGGUCGUCUGGGUGUUGGCGCUGCUCUUGUAACGCAAGUUGUAAACGAGUGCGGAA